AAGAGCAAUUUCUGCUAAAUAUGGGCAUGAAACCAGUGAGCGUCAGCUCAAGUUGACGGUCUGUGAAGUUAGUGUCAAACCAGCUUAUAUAUCGUUGUAGAAUAACAUUUCCGGUGUUAUUUUUGCGCAAAUUCAUUUUAGAGUCGAUAUUAAAAUUUCUGUGCUGCUAUGAACGCAGCAAAACAGCGUGUCAGACACCAGUGAGCAGGAGCAGAGGCGGCAGGCGGAGGAGCUGAAGAUGUCUCCACCUCCACCCCCAGCUCCGUGUCCUCCACCUCCUGCAGCGGAGAAGAAGAAGCUGUACCAGACCAUAGCCAGCAGCAGGUGUCCUGUGGAGGGGGAUCACACUGAGGCUUGCCUGCUCCUCAGACAGAGGGAGAGCUGUUUCAGGCAGGACCUGCAGUGGUUACUAGUUAACAAGUACGUGCCUUCCCUCAUCCAAGACGGCCCACAGUGUGGCUUGGUGGCCCUGUGGAUGGCUGCCCACCUGCGACAGCCGCAGCUGAGCGUCACCAUGGAGACGGUGGUUCAGACAGCAGUGAGGAGGGGUUGCACCGCCCAGGGGGAAAUGUUUUCAGCAUGUAACAUGGCCCUGCUGGCAGAGGAGCUCUGUGUCUGUAAGGCUGAACUGCUGUCGGGAGGUCUGAGUGGCAGAAACUCGGCAGCCAUCGUCGAACACCUGUGGAGCGGACAACCUGUUCUCAUCCCGUAUGAUGAGGACUUCAACCAUGAGCCAUGCCAGCGUCAGGGUUACAGGGCGCACUGGGCCGUUGCUUCAGGUGUGCUCCUCGGUUUGAACCAGGGGAGCGUAAACAACGAGUACGCUCAACCAGAUCCCUCUCUGCCCUGGCUCUACGUCGCCAAAGGCGGCCAUCUUCCUUGUCCCAUCACCAGCACGAGCGCCGCUGAGGUUUACAUCCUCGCUAAGCAGGGCAAGAGCUUGCGCUACCAGCUGUGGAGUCUGGACAGCGUUGCCCAGAGCAACCGGCAGCUGAGGAUGAUGGACCCUCUGCGAGCCAACGAUGGGAGCCAGUAUGUGGUUCCGGAAGGAGGAGUGGAGGCCGGGCUCGCGGGACAGGUGGUUUUACUCCACACGAGGACUCAGCAGCAGGAACCACAGUGACGUUGCUCAAAAAUACGGUUUCAUCUGUUGCCACAUCCUCCUGAACGGUCGCUACGCAACGUUAGUAUUGAGAAGUGUUUUCCAGAAGAUUUUGUCUAAUCGAGAACGAAAAGUGUCACAAUCAUUUUAUAAAUGUUUAGACAAGUGAUAAUGAAAAUUGUAGACGUGAUAAAUCUAAAAAAUAUUUUUAUAGUCUGAAUAGCUUAAUAUUUCAGUUUGUACGACUGCAGUCCAUUGCGAAACAUUUUGAACUGACUUUCCCAUCAAACAAACCUUAAAGUGUGAUUGGUUAACCUUCACAGCAGCUUUAGCGUCGACCAAUCACCUUGUAACAGUGUUAGACCCACCCACUGAAUAAUCAAUUAAGCAAAUACAACUUUAAUCAAUACUUCUACAUUUAAAAUAUGUUUGUUAUUGACUUACAUAUUGCAUUCACAAUUUUAUUUAAAUCAUUUUAUUUUGCUAAUGAACUGUGGCACUUUUGGUCCUUGAUUUUGUCUUUCAUUUUUCUAACCUGGUUCAGUUUCUCCACUAACUGAAAACGAUGAGAUUUUACAGUAUUUAUAUUUGAGCAAUUUAAAAUAAAAUGCCUUCUCGUAUUUUUCCACCUUGUUUUGAUCUUCAGCUGCCUUGAUGAAGAAAAAAAAAAAAGUUUCUUGUAGAUCUUAUUUUCAGUUUAUUGCAAUCCGUAAUGUGGACAAAGCAGGGAUUAACAAUUUCAUUAGUCUUUGUUUAAGACCUUUAAGAAAACAAACAUAAAAAACAAAAACAAAAAAAACAUGGUUUAUAUCCAGUUUUCUUUCUUGGAAAGUAGCACCCAGUUUGAGAACCUGAUUAUUUCCCCACCUCACAGAGAAUUUGUGGGCUAGUAAUACUUUGUAAACAUUAAUACUACAUUUCCACCUGGUGUGAUUACUAUUUAGAGAUGAAAGUGUUUAUUUUAUUUUCAUUACGUCAGAUUUAUGCAGUGCCAAAGUAAAUUUUUGUACCAAGUUAAAGAAUUGCAUGCAGACCCUCUAGAAGAGCGGCCGGACACCGAUCGAUUUCCAAAACAUUAUUAUUAUUAUUAGCACUGCUAUGGUAUAUUACAGCAUUGUUUCUACGUAAACAUGCUGAAUACUAGCAUCAGACGCUACACCAUCCAGUUUAGUGUACCAAAACAUCCUCGUCAAAGGUCAUGUCAUCUCAAUAAUUAUUUAAACUUAGACAAAGAUUUUCCAGUCUGUUGUUCUAACGAAGCCUCUUAAAAGCUCUAACACAUUCAUCUUACCUCUAGUUAAAUUUCACCCUUUAUACCACCAGUUUGUUGUAAAAUCCCCAAAGCAAAGCUGAUUAGAGGAAAUCUAAUUCAUGUUCAGCUGUAAACCAAGCACACACGCACGCACACACACACACACACACACUCACACAGAGGCACUGCUUGUUUUGUUUCAAUGGCUUUUUGAGGAUCCACAGUGCAACAAUUUCCAAAGAGGAGCAGCUUGGCCAAGCUGCUUACCGUACAUUAAGAAUAAAA